AUGAGAUCACAGUCGAAAAUAUCUAGUUUAGUGAAAAUGAAUAGUUACAUAGUACUCUUAGUUCCUCUCUUAAUUUGUAGUGAAAUAAAAUGUGAAUCAGACAAAAUAGUCGGUGGUGACUUAAUAUCAAUUUCAGAUGCUCCAUAUCAAGCUGCAUUGUUAUAUUCUGGAAGUUUCAUUUGUGGUGCUUCCAUAAUUUCUACAAAAUACUUAUUAAGUGCUGCACAUUGCGUUCAAGAAUAUAAGAACAAAUUGUCAGUCCGUGUCGGUUCCAAUUAUGCCUAUAAAGACGGCGAAGUCUUUCAAGUUGAGAAGGCAACUUCAUAUCCUUUUUUUAAUACUGUAACCUUGAACAAUGACUUUGCUAUUUUAAAAUUAGUCGGAGAAAUAAAGCUACAGAAAGGUGUGAAGGAGAUCAUUGCAUUGCCUGAAAAUAAUCAAAAAAUUGAGAAUAAUAUCAACGUAUACGUAACUGGAUAUGGCAUGACUAAAAUGAAUGGUAAAGCUGACAACAAAUUAAGAGGCGUUUUGGUUCCAAUUGUUCCACAAAAUAUCUGCAGAAAUUCAUAUCCAAUCAUGAUAACUAAUAAUAUGGUCUGUGCUGGUUUUAAAGAAGGUGGAAAGGAUAGCUGCUCGAAUUUUCUAGGUGGUCCAAUGGUUGAUCGAGAAAAGAAUCUCUUAGUUGGAGUUGUUUCCUUCGGACAAGGAUGUGCAUUACCAAAAUAUUAUGGAGUUUAUGCGAAAGUUUCUUCCGUAAGACAGUGGAUUAAGUCACAAACAAAGAUUUGA